AUGACCGAGGUGGGGGAGGCUUUCCGAACAGAAUUGAAUGCAAACAAUCACAAUGACAUCAAGAAUCAGAAGUCGUCCAUCGGUCCGGCAGGCGAUUCAGAAAAGCCGCGCCAGUCCGUCCACUUCGAAUGGGAUGAGGACGAAAAGCCUGGCCGAGUGGGCUUUGUGCGGGCAUCCAACGCAUCCCAGAGUUCCGGUCUUUUCUCACGGUUGUCGAUAGUCGUCCGAAGAUCUUUGAGAUUAGGGCCGAAGCAGAGAAGCACAGCCAUUCCCGGCACCAAGGUCUCUAGACCGAGCACUAUAGAUGACAAACAGGUGAGAAAAGUUUUAAAAUCCUACAGAAGUUUGACCUUUACAGACAUUUACGAGUUAUACCGAUCUCCGAAAACAACCCUGUGACAUCCCUUAUGGCAGUAUUGCCGAACUCCAGUAUAUGCUUCAGAUGAAUCGAAAACAACAGGUAGGCGAAGAUAAACCACUUUCGGGGAAGUCGGCUGCCGAAAGGAUGAUUAUUGCGGGAAUCGCAAAUUAUCUCAUUAAUUAAGCUUUUUAAAGGUCGUGAAAGCGAUUUUGAUUAAAUGGUAUUAAAGCGAGCUGAGCUAUUAAUUACGUCCUCAUGUAGUCAAUUUUCUUAAUUUUACUUAAUUUUGUAUUUUGGUCUUUAUGAAACCCGAUAUGAACCUUGAAUUUGUGAAAUGGAAUCAGAUAACACGACACAAACCUUUGGAAUGACCGUUGAAACAGGAAGAAAGGAGAGCUGGACAAGGGUCGGGACGAUGCUCUCGGGCGUUGUUUCCCCCCAUUUCUGAGAUGGUCUGCUCGGAAGCUGAUCAGGCUUCUUGAGGGUCCUCGAAUCGCCUUGUUUACUCUCUGAUAACCUAUCUCCUUCUUUUUGGCUCUACGCUAUUUUGGGCGGGCAUUUUGUAAACGUUUUGCAGGUACUUUGUUGACAUCUUAGAAGGUCGUUUAUUAAUGUAGAAUUGUCCUUUCUGAAGGAUUAGCUUCUUUUUUGAAUUUGAAUUGGAGUGGUUUCAAUUAAAAUAUAAUUUUCUGACUGUAUUUGCAUUUUUUUAAGUCGUGUGAAGUAUGCAGAAAGUCAUAAGUGCUUCGCUUUUUGAUAAUAGUUUGGUAAGAAAAUGAGUCUUGAGUGUCCUCAAGAGAUCGGAAACAACAUGUUACGCAAUCAGUUGCCCCAGAUUAUUGUAUACACGAUAAGUUGCUAUCCAUCUUCUAUUUACUCAUAGUUUCCAAACCGUGGUAAACACUCAUAGAUAACCACGCCAUAUAUGGGCGGAUAAUUUCGUAUAGUCGGUGUAAUUUAUUUUCGUAUCUCCAUAACAACAUCGUCUUAUUUUCCCGUUAUAUUUAGUGGGGUCUGAUGUUCAGAAGAUGGGGAUUAAAGUAUUGGGCUCCGAUUUAAACAGAUUUAGGGUCUUGUUUUGAGUUCUGCAGCCGAAAAGAAGUUAUUUUAGGUUCCGCUUCUGUAAUUAACUUUUGGCCUUUUAAACUUUUGGUGGUCUCUGGAAGUAUAGCUCCGAUUAUCAAUACGAAUUCGAUUUCUUUUCCAGUGGUCUAUGUUAUGUUGGCUUGCAACUUUUUACGCGGAAUUCGGGUCAUUACUCCAAUUUAAAUGUUUUGUUUGGGUCCCUUUGUCUAAAACAGAGAUCCGAUUAUGGGCGACUGUUUGCUGAGAUUUAUAUUCUCCUUCGAGAGAGUAAUGUUCUGUUAUUUUGUUUGAUUUUUUAUAGCGUCCCUUCGAAAUGUACACGGAUUUUUUGUAAAGGGAGGCCCUUUUCUAUUGGCCAGAGAAUUGGAUAGUUGAACAAUCGUCGUGUUGAUUCAGGCCACUGUACGAUAUCUUUAUUUACACUCUGUUUUCGUAUUUUAGACCGAAUUUUAUUUGUUUUCAGUUUUGCUCUCCGGCCGGUAUAGAACUGCAUUUGAUUCCUCGGCUUUGAUUAAUUAUGACUCCAUGGAGCCUUUUAAGUUACAUUAGAAAAUGUCAGUUCAGGAGCGAGGGUUCAAAUCGGGUGGGACCGGUUGCAUCUCCAAAACAAAGAAUUUUAAACCGCAAGAAUAAUAUUUGAAACGAGCUUUUGCAGGAGUCUUUUGAAGACUGGCUCGGAGGAUUCUUUUAAGGUCGUCCAUCUGCCUUCUUCUGUAUUCUUUCACCGUAUAAGAGGGGUUUUCCGGGUAAGUUCAAUUUUUUUCGGCCAUGAUGCUCGGCUACGCUUUUCGGCCAUAGCAACCUCUGCAAAUUGCAGGACAUAAAAUUCGGUAUGGCCGAAACGCGUGGCCGAGCAUCAUGGCCGAAAAAAAGUUGAAUUUAUCCGGAACCCCUUAUAUGGAUUCGGCCCUUGUUCUUCCUUGAAUUUGAAUUUCAUUCGUAAUUACCGAAAAAUUUAAUGAAAAUCGGAGACAAUGGGCUUUAUUUAUUUCCGAUUCCUUCGUUAUUUGUAGUGUUUUUUGGAAGAUGCAGAAGUUUUUUCUGGAGUUUUUUUGUCGAAUUCCAUUUGAUUACCGCUUUCCACCUCACUUUCCCGUUCCGCGCGCAAUUUACACCAACGGAUUCAAAAGGAAACCGAGGGUUUUCCCGAAAAGAUGAAGAAUAUUCAGGUACUCAGAAAGGAAAGCGAAGGGACACACGACAAUUUAGGUGGUAACCGAAUCGCGUUGUUUAUAGUCACUAGGCGUGGGCGGUUAAGCGAGGGUAUUGAAAAGAUUCGGGGGUUGUAAUAAGGAGUUGUUGAUCCCUGUCUUUUUAUUCCGAAAAUGAAGUCUCUUUAUAUGGCCGUUUGUUAUUUUGCUGCAGUUGCAAGUGGGAUCGUAAUUCAUUUUCUUUGGCGAUUGAAAGAGUUUUCCCGCGGUUAGUUGUAUUUGUAUUACUCAUAUUCCGUUGACUCAUUGCCGAGUGUCCAAAUUUUCAACAAUUUCGAAAGGCUUUUGUUUGUUUUGAAUUUUAUUUGCGGAUCUUAUUAGUGAUGAUUUGAAAGGCAAUGUAUUGAGACUCCUUGUUGAUGCUAUCCCCAAACUUUAAAAUACGCACAAAGGUGAAAAAGGGGUCCGAUUACGAAAGAAUUUCAUGAGUUGAAUCUGUUUAUUUAUUUGCUACGACCGCUCUCUUUUGUAGAGUUUUGUGCAGUAAAAGUACGCGCAUAGAAGAACAAAACAGCUCGCACUUUCUGAAAGGCCUAUUAACGGAGUCGUUAUUUGAAGUCAAACAAACUUUUUUGGGCCAACACUUACUCCGCUCACCCUUCCCCGCGAGAUAUUGUUUGCUCAACCUUAGAUCCCGAUCCGGAUUAGAGGCCACGUUUGUUUAAUUAGCGCUCUAAUCUCGAGGAAUUUACACAAAAUACUAGUUUUUUGCCUCAGGGAAAACUCUCGCUGACUCAGUCCAAGGUCAUGAAUUAUGGAGCAGGCCCCAUUCCUUAUUGAUGAUUGUAGAUAUCACGUUUUGGCCUAGGAGAAUGAUGGGUUCCAAUGUGUGUGAUUGUUGCUGGUUUUAUUAUUGUUUCUGAUACUAUGCGGUUAUGGCCCAUCUCUGGCGUCAUCUCUAUUCGCAAUCUUUUGAUUAAUAUUUAGCGAUGUGCGUUCGUUUCGAAUUUGUUUGAAUUUCUCUGGAAAUGUUUCCUUUAGAACCAGCACUCCCCCAGUCUGUGAUCAGAACCGACCACGCCUCGCUCCAGACGCAGCCGUUAUUUCGGCCAUGGAAUCCCUUGACAUUCUUAGUGUAAUUUCCCAUUCCGAGCCAGUCCCGGACAGAGGGUCUUCUCAAAUUGUGACAGAAUCCUUCCGACUGGACACUCUCAGCUGUUGUUCGUCUCAGGUCUCGACAACUCGUUUUCGAAGUAUCCUUGCUUCAGACGGCCAAGCCUUUUUCCGAUUGUCCACCGAAUAUAAAGCAGACGUCAACCGGUUGGAUGAACACGAGCUCGCCUCCGUUAGUCCUGGCAAUGAUUCUAAAGAAGUGAAUUGCCAGUUCAAGAGAUCUUUAAAACGAUUAAGUCGACAGCCCUUUAGCCUUCAAUCCAACGACUCAGCAUUUGUUGAUGACGUAGCCAUCCAUUCGUCCAAGAAUUCGUCCACUGAGGAUAUUUUUGAUGAUCAUUUUGUAACCAUGUCUGGAUUGACCAUCUCGGAAUCUUUCGAUGAACAACCGACCAGCUUCGAAGGCAGCCAAGACUCUGAGAGAUCUGUUCCCGACGUCAGAAACAAACUCCGUUCGGCUUCAAUUGACUCCGGAUACUUGGAAUCCAGUCCAUCUUCCUCUCACCCCCAUUCGGAAGAGGAUCAUUUGACGGUAGUCGAUGAAGACGAGCCUCAGGAUUCAGAUUCCAGAAGUCUGAGUAUCUCCGAAUCUCUAUUGGCGAUCACUGACAAAGAUUUGAUCGUCAGAGUCGCUAGAUUAUUUAAUUGUGAAAGUUUUUUACAGCAGCCGACCCUCCGAAAUGCCAGAAAAUUACUUGAAAAUGUAAUUAAUAGCCUUAUAGAAUAAAAUAAUUCUAUAAUUUCAGGUGAAAAAGUUUGUUCGACACAAUGAUUGGCCUGUUACACAUGAGAUUCGCUCUGAUCUAUGGCGUGUUUUAUGUAAUUAUAAGGACUUUGAAACCAACAAAGCUCUUUAUCAGCAACAACUCAACGAACUCAUGAAAAGUGGAGGUACGAGAAUGUUUUAUAUAUUGAGUAUCAUUUGUACUAAUAUUUUUUGACCGUUCUUUUUGUUUCAGUAAAAACAAUCCAGCCCAGUUUCCUGUCGAUGGAUGGGAUUGUUGUAGAUGACCAUAGUCUGAAACAAUUGGGAUCAGUUGCUCUUCAGAGGGUCCUCAUCGUUGUCGAAUGCAUUCGUCCUGAACUUAGAUAUGUACCUGUAAGUUACGACAAUUUUGAAGGCACUUUUAUAUUGCUGUUCGGGUUACUGUAAUUUGGAAGGUUGUCUCUUCUUGGCCUACAAAUAGAAAGUUCGGUUUAAAAAAUCAGCUAGGUAAAUAGUGAGGGAGGAGCGCCUUUGUUUACUCUUUUGAUUAUUAGGAACACAAUACGCUAGUUCAAUGGCCCUGGGUUAUGGUGUUCGACGGUCCGUGCAUGACGUUUUUUUUUUGGUUUUUCCAAUUGUUGUUGAACUUUUUUCCUCGACUUUUUAUUGGGGGGUUUUUGAUAGGCGGAUUUAGGAUAGCAGUGAUUUGGGAAAAAGUAAGGUAAACAAAAAAAGCAAUGACGUUUUUACAGGCGGAAGUCUGUAUGACCGGACUCUCUUAUCAGUGGUUUAAAGGAGAUUAUCAUCACAAGGGUUAAGUUUCAUUGAAACCUUUUUUCUUGGAUAAAUACCUUUAUAUAUCGAAGUCUCAUUAAGACAAACACACUUUAUUUUGUAAGGAACGCAGUUUACUUUUAUUGAAUUGGAUUACUUAAUUGUAUGUUUCCUUUUGAGGUUUUGAGUCGGCACAAUAUCACGACUAUCAAAUAUUGCAAUUGAUAAGGGAUUGAAUCAUAUAAGAGAAGUAAAGUAUUUAUUAGCAUGCCCAAAAAGAUACAUUGUAAGCAUUAAAAUUGAAGAAAUCAAUAGAAUUUUUUGUAAUUGCACCGAAUGAUGGCGAAAGAAAAAAAUUAGCAGUCGUUUUUAGUAUUUUAAAAGUUUUUCGUGCUCUUCGCUAGCUAACUCCCCUCCGGCCAUGUCUAUAGUCGCAUAGCAUGAAGCUUUAGAAACCAUUAAAGCUUGUACUUGAGGUUUCCCAGACUAUCUUAUUACCGGGACAGUUCGACAAGGCGGAAAGAGACAUCACAGCAAAUUGCCCGCAAAGGUCGUGCUCGCAAAAUAAGAAAUGAAUCAGCCCGCAAGUGUGGGCGAGCCGAUUUCAUACAAAGGGUGCACGACAUAGAUCACGCAAACUUAAGAUUGCAAUGCCCCAAAUUUUGUCUGAGGUGUGCCUUUCAUCCUUCCGAUCUGUUUUUAUGGAUUUUGUAACAUUAAUCAGCUGCAAAUUCGGAAGUCCUGAUUCAUAAUUUCUUGUUAGCGGAAACGGAGUAGUUAUCUUUUAUGACAAGUUUGACGUGUUCUCCCUGUUCUUUGACAAAAGUUUCGAGGUGUGUUAUCUCGUAUAUAUUAUCUCCACCGGAAGCUUUGUUUUCCAUUUUACCCUGGAGGUAUUAUUUAAUUACGAGAACUUUCAGAUUUUGUAUCCCUUGUGUGCCAUUCUGCUGCAUUACAUGUCGGCCGAAGAGACUUUUUCUACAGUAAUCCGCUUUCUGGGAACGGGGUCCAACUUCUUGAUCCAGUCCGAUGUGUCUCUUUUCGCUUCACAACAUACUCUUCUGGCAUUAUUGAAGAAACACAGGGUAAGUUUUCAAUCUUGUAGUUUCUGUUUUCACAAGGAAAGUACUUCUAUGCGGUAUGGAGUCACAGAUGUCAAAAAAUUCGUAAAAUUUUUCUGAUUCAGAAUAUGUAAAAAUUAGCUGCCCAAUUUUGGUUUGUAAAGGCGAAAAAAUCCUCACAACUUUUCUCGCAACACCACGCAAAUGCUUUACAUUUGACUUCUAAUUAAGAUGUAGUAUUAAUCAAAUUUGAUAUUUUAAGGCUUGUCAAGAUGCCAGGGUUUACUUUAGCUCCAAACAAAGCUUUUGAAUUGAUAAAAACUUGGUCAAAAAGGCAUUUUCCUAGUAUUGCGAGAAAAGUUCUGAGGAUUUUCUCGCCCUUACAAACCAAAAUUGGGCAGCGAAUUUUUACAUAUACUGAACCAGAAAAAUUUUGCGAUUUUGAUAUUUGUCUCGAACUGUAACUCCAUACCCCAUAGAAGCACUUUCCUUGUAAGAAAAUUCGACCAGAAAUUAGGGGGUCCCUUCGGGCCCCCCUAUUUCUGGUACUUUUACUUGAACUUUUUACUCUUGCUUUUCAAUUUUCACAAAAUUUUAGAAAAGGCUCGGGGCCUCCGGCCCCUCGCAUGCGGUUCCAUACCCAAUACAAUAAAUUGACUAAAGGGCUCGGGGGCCUGCGGCCCCCUCGCAUGCGAAGUAUAAUAGAAACUAACAUUUCUCAAAUUCCUAACUUUUCAUCCAAUUUUUUAACUCGAAAUAUACAAAGGUAUGCUACUCUGCACCAUUUCUCUGAACUGAAACCCGACCGCACCCCACACUGACCCUUUUCUAACUGAAUGCUCCGGAAACCAAAACUUUGAAAAUGAUUUUGAAUUUUUGAAAAAAUUUGCAUUUUCCCAUCAUCUUGACCGAUUUUUUGCUUCGAAUUUUUCAAAAUGAGAAUUGUUUGGCUUCACGGACAAACAGACAGAAAUGAGUCCAUGGCUUUGCUUUAAAGAACGGGGACCAGAAAUUAGGGGGUCCCUUCGGGCCCCCCAAUUUCUGGUACUUUUACUUGUUCUUUUACUCUUGCUUUUGAACUUUCUCUAAAGCUUUUGAUUUAAAUUUUUCCAAAGGCUCGGGGCCUGCGGCCCCUCGCAUGUGAAAAGGUUUCCAAACUCCUAACUUUAUGUCAAAACCUACCCGAAAUUCAUCACUUUCCCCAAAAAACAAAAUUCCUAAAAUUCCUAUCACAGUACCAUGUACUCAACCCAAAAUAUGCAAAAUUACCCAACUCUGCACCACUCACUUGCACUCCAAACCCGACCGCAUUCCGCACUCACAUCUUUGCAACUGACUACUCCUCAAGCCAAAACUUUCUCUCACUAAAAUUCCCAACUUUUCAUCAAAGCCCUAACCCAAAUUCAUCACUUUCCCUAAAAAACAAAAUUCCAAAAAAUCCUAUCGCAAUACCACUUACACAAUCCAAAAUAUGCAAAGGUACCCAACUCUGCACCACUCACCUGCACUCGAAACCGACCGCACUCCGGAUUCACAUUUUUGCGACUGACUGCUCCGCAAACCAAAACUUUGAAAAUGAUUUUGAAUUAUUCCCAUUUUCCCACGAUCGAGACCGAUUUUUUGCCUCGAAUUUUUCAAAAUGAGAAUAGAUUGGCUUCGGAAUGACAGACAGACAGAAAAAUGUUCUUUUACAUUUAAAAAGGGGAUUUUACGUUUACGAUUUUAGAAAUCUGCUUACAAUUUUCUGAAAAGACGCGCCGGAACCAACGAAGACUUCAAACUGGCCGAAGUCUUCCAGCCCUGGUCUGCCUGGAUAUUCAAACAUCUCCCUUUCGACUAUCUGGUUCGAGUGGUCGAUUGUUUUUUGGUUGAAGGUAAGUGCUUUCAAGGUCAGAAAUAGCAAGUUGAAACAAAGUUUUCGAUCAAGAGCCAAGCAGUCGAGCAUGCUGAGGUAUUGGUUAGCUAGAGUUAAUACUGUAUGUAUUGAAGAGAUUCCAUAAAAAUAAUGUUAAGGGAAGGGAGAAUUUGGAGAAAUAGGGAUGACAUAGAAAAACAACAAAUGUGUGAACGGCCAGCUUCAGAUUCCGCCUAAAAUUUGUCAGUGUUGCGUGAAAUCCGAAAGCAAAAUGCAAUUUCAGGGCACAAAAUGUUACUCCGUGUCGCCCUCUCACUCGUGUAUCUGUGGUAUAAACAACGUGUCAGAUCAGCAGCCACAGCCUCAGGUGGCCAAACUCCGGAAGAUCGUGUUCAGGAGAUCGCGGAACAGAUCUCCAUCCUCGCCCAGAACUGCCCUGUCAGUUCACAGACCUUGUUGGACAUGGGAUUCGCGAUCAGAAACUUCAAGCAUUCCACUUUCGAGCAUCUCCAGAAGCAUUACGAAGAUAAAGUCAGUCCAAUUUUGAUUUUUUACUGUUGAUUUUUCAUUCUGUCUGGUCGUAUUUCCCACUCGGAAUGCCACUAUUUUUGAAUACCGAAACAGCUAAAAUUAGAUCGAAUGAAAUCAAUCGCAAAUUUAUUGACGGGUUACAUGGAACUGGUGGUGAUGAUAAGAGUUUUCAGUACCGAGAAGAAGUCCAUCGACGUCGUCUCGAGAAGCCAUCCACAACCAGGAUCUCGGCCCUCAGGAAUCCGUACACAGCCCCCUUCAAGAGCACCAUUAUUGAUGCUGAUUCGGCCCAAGAUUUAAUGGCCGCCUUCCCUAGCCGAUAUCAACUGGAGACCCCGUUAUUGCUCUUCCGCCUCUCCGAACACGGGGCUUCAUUCACUCAGCUGUGGGCUCAGUAAGUCUUAUUUAUCAAGGGAAAUUACUGUAUUUGUUCGGCAUUCAUGUUUUAUAAUAAUUUCAGAAUAGAUGAAGCCGAACAGUCCUUGCUGAUUAUUCGCACCACCACCGGGGAAAUAUUCGGUGCGUAUUGUUCAGCAUGCUGGGCAGAGAGAAGAGACGUCAGAGAAAGAGCAAGGACGAGGUACUUCGGAACGGGGGAGUCGUUCGUAUUCAAGCAACCCAAGGAUCAGCUCUUCCCCACCAUUUACCCAUGGGUCGGUCGUAAUCAUGAGCAGCCCGACCAGUGCCCUCAAAUGUUCAUGACUGCGGGCGAUAAAUUUCUAAUAGUAAGUUUCUUUUGAUGAACGGAUGGUUUAAAUUGUAUACAGGUCUUAAACGUUACGUUUUCAGAUUGGAUCCGGCGGCGGAGACGCAAUCGCCAUCCGUGAUGAGCUAACUCACGGGCUAAGUUAUCCAUGCGAGACCUUUGGCAGCGCCGCUCUAGUGAAUAACACUUCAUUUGACAUCGACGAACUCGAAGUGUUCAAUGUGGUCAGUGCGGGCGCCGUCUAA